AUGGGACACCCAGAUCUUGCUCACAGUAAAAAGAGUGCUGAGGCAGUAUCUCACCCUCCACCAUAUUCUUCUAUCUCCGAAACCACCAAUGGGCCGCCGAGCUACCGUCAGUCCGAAAGCUCACGCAUAUUAUCCGGUGAUAGAUGCACUGAGUCUGAGGGACCAGUAGCUAUUGACGAAUGCAUCACCCACCUGAAGUUUCUAUCUGCGACCGCCAAACUACGCAACUUUGUUAGGGAAACCGACAAGCUAUUCGGGAUCCACGAUAGCGAAGCCAAGAACUUUUCAGACCCGCACAAGCAAGCCGAGGCAGCUGUCCGCAUUCAGGAGAAAAGAUGGGCCGUCUACGUGACCAGAGCCGUUGACAGAUUUACCACUUGGUGGCAGACCUGCCUCCCAAGCUCCAAUGACAGCCGAAUCUCUAUGUUGAAUCAUUCAUCAGAAGCCAGAAUAGCAUGGACUGCUCAUAUGAUGCCACCACUGGAUGUCAUCAUGGUCUGGCAUGCAUACAUGCUUAACCCACGUGCCUUUCUCGAAGACUGUUUGCGUCAAUCUAAAAUGAGUUUUUGGGCUACGGGAAUCCCAUGGGAUGUGAUUAACGCAUCUAUCAACAAUGACAUGCUGGUAUUCCACCCAGGCAGCCCAGCGAGGAUAAACUUCGAGACAAAAACUGGUCAUGCCUGGGAAAACAUACACGAUAAUCCUACAAAGUCCCUUGCUUGCUUUGGCUGUAAGCAGGAGAUCCUCGCUCCCUGGACGGGCGGGUCGAUUGGAUGCGAUCCAGAUGUCGCUUUUGCACACUGCGUUGGGUAUGCAGACAAGUCUUUGCGGGUUUCAUGUACAGGAUGCAAAUCAAGUAUUACACAUGACUCUCUUCGCGUGCAGAAGCUUCAUAAUGAUGUCCAGAGGCUACUCAAAGACGAUGUCCCUAUGCCCGGAACGCUUUUGUCGGAAAAUGGCACUCCCGCAGACGAUGAAAAUGGCGACAGGGCCUUCCCAAAUCGGUUUAUCAAGGAAGGUAUUCGAAGCGAGCUCUUGCAAGUCACAAAUCUUACCGAAAGUGAGAGUACCACUAUUGAAACCAUCCGCGACCGUCUUGAGGUCUUUUUGAAAGACCGUUCAUUGAUGCGCCGCGUGAACAAGAAAACGUUGUCUUCUGGAGAUCCGAGUUUAGCAGAGAAGAUCUCACUUCGCAAUAUGCUCUCCAGAUAUUGGGACAACUCAUCUCCUUUCGCUAUCAACUUGAUUGGGGCAGUGAUCCGACAAGGAACAUUUGUAGGGAAGAUGGAUGACAUAGGCUGGCUACAUUCGCCGACCUUGAGAUCAAGCAUGACUGAUUUCAUCCGCAAGUAUGAGACUUUCUUCCAGAUAAUGGCCCGGAAUAAAGGCCAUGCUGUUGUUCCGACUUUGGAUGUCGACUUGAUUUGGCACACGCAUCAGCUUUCUCCCGCUCGCUAUUACGACUUCUCAACUGCACAGACCGAAGGCAUCUUCGUCAACCAUGACGACAAAGUCGAUGAAGGGAAGCUCAGCGAUGCCUUUGCAUGGACCUCGAGACAAUACCAAAAGCUCACCGGCGGUAAGGUGUACAGCGAAUGCACUUGCUGGUACUGCGAGGCAGUACGUGAAACUCAGAAUCAGGGACUUGGUCGUUUGAUAUCAUCGUCUGCCUCUCAGGCCAAAUCUAACACUGCCAUUCUUCAUGAGCGCACCAAAAGUGCCUCUGAUGAUGGUCGCAUUAAAACGCCACAUAUUUCUUCGCAUAACGCAGUUCGCAUCCAAGCACAGACUGACCCAAAGGCAAUACAAGCCAAGACCGCGCAGCUUAGGUCCCAUUGGGAGAAAGCACAACGACGACCAUACAAUCGCAGUAGCAGCAGAGGCGGAGAUAAUACCCACCGCAACCCCUCGAGAGACCCUUUCCAGGACCCCUAUAUGCGCGAUCCCGAAAUUCACCGUGAAGUAUACCCCUGCAACCCAGCAUGUAUGAACGCAACCCCUGGCGCGACAGGCAACUGUAUAAGCGGUACGCAGGGCGUCGGUAUUGAGCAAGGCGGUUGCGUGAGUGUCACUGUGGCUGCUCAGACAAGAGGGCGAGGCAAAAGCUUUUGCGCUGGCAUGGCAGGCUGUGGAGUGAACAUGUAG